CCUUGCACCCAGUAUUCCUCAGGCUGCAAAUAAACUCCAUAUCUAAGGCAGAUUCAGCGAAGGUUUUUCAAUAAGUUAUUUUCAAGCUUUUCUGCCUCUAAAACAAAUCAGCAAUGGAGAUGAAGAAGGUUGCUUGUGCUAUCCUCUUCGCUGCCGCCUCCAUGAGCGCAGUGAUGGCCCAGGAGGCUCCUGCCCCAGCACCCGCAAAUGCUGCAUCUGCUAGCUUGCCAGUUGUUGGAUCGUUGGUGGGUGCUUCUCUUGCAUCCUUCAUUGCCCUCUACCUUCAAUAAAUUCUGAAAAAAAAAAAAAAUGAAAAGAGAGGGAGAGAAAAAGAAAAGGAAAACAAAAAAGAUGUUCUAUAGCUCUCUCGGUUAUAAUUUUUUUUAAGUUCUUUUAAUCUGUUUUUCUUUGUGCUUUGGAGAGUAUUUCUCUUCUUCUCGUUUGUAUGUUUCUCAUUGAUACAAUGGAAUAAAGUGCCUUUUAAUUAAGGUUAUUAGUUG